CUUUUCUUUCUUUACAAUCUUUUAGAUGGAAUUUAAGGAGAUUCGCUACCUCACAGAGGAAGUCCUUGAAUUUUACAUUAAGAACUUAUUCUUCAGCUGUCGAUCAAACACUUGUUGACGUAGUAGAAAAAAUUGCAAAGUUUAAUUUGCUACAAGUCGCUGAAUUGAAUAAGUUACUUAAAGAACGGCUUCAGAUUGACGAUGUACCGUUUAUGGCACAGAGUUCAGCUCCUGGUUCAACUACUAGUGCCGCAGCACAACCUACAGAGGAGGAGAAAAAAGAAUUUUGCGUAAAGCUGGUAGGAUGGACAGAUGCAACUCAAAAGGUUGCUUUAACUAGGGAACUAAAAAAACAUUCACCACAACUAAAUUUGGUUCAAGCGAAAAAAUGUCUUGAUAAUUGCUCGACCACUCCUCAUAUUGUUAAAGAAAAUAUUCCUAUCCAAGAGGCGGAGAAAUUGAAGUCGGAACUAUCUGCUUUGGGUGCAACAGUUGUUUUUGAAUAGAGAAGC